AUCAACCACCACACCGCCCCCCUGUUCUCAAAAAAAAAAAAACACGCAGCCCCCGUCCCCGGCUCCCCCCUCCCCACCCCCAGCCGGCCCUAGCCGCCGGCCUGCCGGCGAUAGUCCGAGCCCUUGCGCCCACUCCGCCUGCUUUGUCAGACCCAGAGUAAGGAGUCCUUUUGGAGGAGAGCCGGCGAAUAGUCGGAUCGCGCCGCCCUAAAUAAAGAGAGGAGGAGGAGGAUUAGGCGUCCAUCGAUCAAAUAAGGCGGCGCCCGCAAUUGUCACGGGAAGGAACACCAAUCAUCCCAGGUUUUCAUUCUCGGAUCAGCCAUGAAGAACAGAAAGGGUCGCCGCAGCCGCAAUAAGGCAACUUGCAAUGAAGCUGCCACUAGCAACGGAGACAGGUUUAGCACGCUGCCUGACGACAUUCUGCUCAACGUCCUGGAGAGGGUGGAGACGCUCGACGCCCUCAGGACUUGCAUCCUCUCGAAGCGAAUGCUGAAGCUCCCCACCAUGCUCUCGCACAUCGACGUCGACAUUUAUUCCCUCGCUUACUACGGAAGCUUCCGCGACUUGGUCCGGAUCAAUGGCGCCGUGGCUGAUGUAACAGAGAACAUCUUGAGCACGAGGUCCCCCGAAAUCCCUAUCCGCAAGCUCAAGGUCAGAUUCGUCUUGAGGCAUUAUGACUUCCUAUCCAUCGUCAAAUCUUUUGCCCGUGCCAUGGCAACCCAGAAGGUCGAGAAAGCUGAGAUUGAGAUCAUGACAGAGAAGAUUAAGUACCAGUACUGCACUCCUGCUGAUCGCCUCGACUCUGCCAAGAAGUUCAAUACUAUUCUUGACGCUUGUCCGGAUGCAUUUCCUGGCCUCACAAGCCUAUGGCUGCACAAUAUGUCGUUUGGUGAACUGGACAUCCCCAACAUCCUCAGCACAUGCAAGCGCUUGCAGUCUUUUCAUUUAACCUACUGCGACACAGGGACCCGUUCCGUGCUGCAAAUAGAACAUGAUCAACUCAUUGAGCUUGAGAUCGACUAUGGGAAAUUUGAGACAGUUAAGCUCACCUAUCUACCAAAACUGCAACAAGUGAGCUAUAAUAAUUGGUGUUACGAAGAUCAACCGCUGUCUUUUGGUUUUGUCCCCCAGCUUUCAAAGCUAAGCCUCACUAGAACAGCUGUCCGUUCGGACAGGGCUCUCGAAUUAAGUCAGGUCCUUGCUAACUUCCCCUCCAUAAGUGAACUGCAUCUCGAUUUCCAAAGUGAAAAGAUUUGGGUUCUACCAGAAUGCCCGAAACUGCUUGCGCCUGUGCUUGGCAAACUAUGGCUUGUGGAUCUGGACAAUCUUCCUGAAGGAUGUGAUAUUGCUUGGACAAUGUUCAUUCUUCAAGCUGCACCCUUCCUUAAGGAGCUAUGCAUCACAGUAUGGGAUCAUUGGUGCCACAUGGUGACAGACAAGGAGCGUCGGAAGGCAGAGGGGUAUUGUAACAAAUUAAACGUGGAGUGGAAGCCAUCUGUUUCUGGUUUCAGGCAUAUGAAUCUUGCCAAGCUCACCAUCUAUGGCUUCCAACCCGACGAUAACUUCAUGCAGUACAUCAGGUGUGUCCUGGAAGCUGCGGUGAACUUGGAAGAGAUAUCUCUACAUGACAAGAAGGCGUGCAAGCGCUGUAAAGACUUGGAUUCCAAGAACAAAGAUAGUCCGAUAAGAUAUCCACAGAACGACAUGGAGAGGAAGCAUAUUGUAGAAGAAUUGGGAACGGCUUGGCCUGCUGUGGUUCACUUCCGGUCCUAGAUAAAUGAAAAUGAGAUGCAUUGUAAUAUCAUUCUAUGUAAGGGUUGUCCUACUCCACUUCACCUAAAUAUGGAGUUAAGAGGUGUUUGGGGCAAGUUUGUGUAGUGGAGCUGUCCCAAACACGCCGUAGUUGGAAGGAGUUCCUGAACUCCAUAACUCAAUAGUUACUGUGUGUGUGUGUGUGUACACUUCUGUUUCCCCUUCAAUUGCCAUGUUUUGAGUAUUUUGAUAUUUCUGAUGCUCCCUUUAGUAAGUUUUUAUCCCCUUCAA